CAUAAACACACCGCGCAAUCUCACCGUCCACCCCAUUCGUAACUACUCGUCCCUUUCCGUAACCUGAACGGAAAGGGACGAGUAGUUACGAAUGCGUCCACCCGUGUCGUCAUGCGUCACAGUUCCGACGAACCAGUGAAGAGUAUGCAGCUGACGUAGCGAGGCUAAAAAUAACCGGCCCGGUACACUGUUUACAUCACGCAGUGAGAACGGGUCUGGAUUCAAAAUGGCGGCGUCCUACAUGCUGAUAUGUCUCGCAGCUCUCUACUCGUGUGUUUCUAGAGGGACAGCGACCAUGACAUACACUAUGGACAGUUACUGUGGUAAUACCGUGGACAUGGACGACUCAAACUUGGAUUCAAUGAAGCUGCGCCUGACCUACUCCAGCAAGUACAGAAGCAACAUGGACUGUAAAAUGCGUAUCAAGACCAGAUCUGGCCAACGCUUGUCGUUCAAGUUCCUCGAUAUGGAUAUUGCUAAGAUUUUCACUUGUGAUGACUACUUGGAGAUACGCGAUGGAUCGUCUUCCUCUUCAUCAGUCUUGGGUUACCGAAUGUGUGGGGAGACCAUACCAUCUAGCCUAUCAACAAGCGGGAGAAACGCUUUUCUGAGGUUUAAAAGCAACUCCUACAAGGAGGAUGACGGCUUCACCAUCCUUGUGACCAGCUUCAACACGGAUACGAAGUGUAACAGCGACGAAUUUUCCUGCGACAACGGCCGGUGCAUUGACCAAAGUCUGUACUGUGACUCAUAUGACAACUGCGGCGACGACAGCGACGACUGCUACAUGGAUACAAAUUGGUGGGUCUGGAUGGUCAUCGGCAUCGUUGUCUUCAUCAUAUUCUGUGCUAUCGUUAUUACCGUCAUCUGUUGUUGCUGCUGCAAGAGGGCAUCUCGUGGAACAGUACUUAAGACUACAACAGGUGUCAACUACAACGCAGGCGCACAGACGGUCACCGCCAAUCCCUGGUACGGCAACACGAACAACCAAAUCAUGACGCAGCCGGGCUACCUGGCACCGCCGCCAAACCAAGCGAUGGCACCUCCCAGCUAUACAGCGGCUUCAGGAGACCCUACCGGGUACCCACAACCUGCUGCUUACCCACAACCAACCACAUACCAGCCUGUUGCCUACCCACCCCAAGCCGGCGCCGGGGAUUGGCAAGCCCUUCCCCCAAAUGCCCCGCCUCCGUACGCACAGAAAGGGGAAAACAGUUAUUGAUUGCCCUCAUAGAAUAUGGUAUGGUGUAUAUCAAGGUCUGUGCCUUCAAUCAGCCAUAUUGCUCACUAUGCAGAUUAACCCAUGGUGACAUUGAUCAUGUUUGCUGCAGUUCCGCAGCGAUAGGCAGACGUUUUGAAAUCAAUUUGCUCAAAAAAAUGUAUUUUUAAAACAUAUUACUGAGAGACCAUUUAAAAUGUCUCACGGGGAAUAAACAUUUGUUUAUUUUCUAUUUUUUUGUAAAUUUUAC